UAUUUUUCAAUUUUAAUAAAUAAAUGUCUGCACCAGUUCCUGUUUCUUUUAUGGGAAGGCCAGGUGUUUCUUCAGCGCCCUCAUACGAUGCAAAAUCACAAAUUUUGUCACAACAAGAAGAGAGGGCAUUGACAGACAAAUCAAAGAAAUGGAAACAAUUACAAUCAAAACGUUUUGCAGAAAAGCGCAAAUUUGGAUUUGUUGAUUCACAGAAAGAGGAAAUGCCUCCAGAACACGUUCGCAAAAUUGUUCGAGAUCACGGCGACAUGACUUCCCGCAAAUACCGUCAUGACAAGCGUGUUUACCUUGGAGCGUUGAAAUACAUGCCUCAUGCUGUUAUAAAACUCAUCGAAAAUAUGCCAAUGCCAUGGGAACAAAUACGUGACAUUAAGGUUUUGUAUCAUAUUACUGGUGCAAUAACUUUUGUCAAUGAAAUUCCUCGUGUUAUUGAACCUGUGUUUAUUGCGCAAUGGGGAACUAUGUGGAUAAUGAUGCGAAGAGAAAAACGUGAUCGAAGACAUUUUAAGCGAAUGCGUUUCCCUCCAUUUGAUGAUGAAGAACCACCUCUUGAUUAUGCGGACAACAUUUUGGAUGUUGAACCUCUUGAACCUAUUCAAAUGGAAUUGACUGAGGAAGAGGAAGGACUUGUUAAAGAUUGGCUUUAUGAUCAUAAACCUUUGGCUAAAACAAGAUUCGUCAAUGGAGAAUCUUAUCGAAAAUGGACUUUUACAAUUCCAAUGAUGUCUACACUUUAUCGUCUUGCAAAUCAACUUUUGACUGAUCUUUUGGAUGAAAAUUAUUUUUAUUUGUUUGACUUAAAAUCGUUUUUCACUGCAAAGGCUUUAAACGUUGCAAUUCCUGGAGGACCUAAAUUUGAGCCUUUAAUAAGAGAUAUGACUUUUAACGAUGAAGACUGGAACGAAUUCAACGACAUCAACAAAGUUAUUAUUCGCUCUCCAAUUCGGACAGAAUAUAGAAUUGCGUUUCCCUUCAUGUACAACAAUUUGAUUAGUGCAUUGCCUGUAACUGUUUGUUGGUAUCACACUCCGUCAGUAGUUUAUAUCAAAACUGAAGAUUAUGACCUUCCAGCUUUCUAUUUUGAUCCGCUUAUCAAUCCGAUUGCACAGAGACAUACUGAACGGAUGCCAGAACCUUUACCAGAAGACGACGAAGAAGAAUUUCAAUUACCUUAUUCAAUGGCAGCAAUGUUUAGCGAAUUUCCUCUUUACACCGAAAAUACAGCAAAUGGAAUGGCAUUAAUUUGGGCACCGAGACCAUUCAAUACACGCUCUGGUGGUACUCGACGAAUAAUUGAUGUACCUUUAGUUAAAACUUGGUAUAAAGAGCAUUGUCCAGCUGGAAUGCCUGUCAAAGUUCGAGUUUCUUACCAAAAGUUGUUGAAAGUUUUUGUGCUAAAUGCAUUGAAACAUCGUCCUCCAAAGCCACAGAAAAAACGUUAUCUCUUCCGUUCUUUCAAAGCUACAAAAUUUUUCCAAUCAACUACACUUGACUGGGUUGAAGUUGGAUUACAAGUUCUUCGUCAAGGCUAUAAUAUGUUAAACCUUUUGAUUCAUCGAAAAAAUUUGAAUUAUCUUCACUUGGAUUAUAACUUCAAUUUAAAGCCUGUAAAAACGUUGACAACUAAAGAACGUAAAAAGUCUCGUUUCGGAAAUGCUUUUCACUUGUGUCGUGAAGUUUUACGUUUGGCAAAACUUGUUGUAGAUGCACACGUACAAUACAGAUUAAAUAAUGUGGAUGCUUAUCAACUUUCUGAUGGACUUCAAUAUAUUUUUGCUCAUGUUGGUCAACUUACUGGAAUGUAUCGUUACAAAUAUAAAUUGAUGAGACAAGUUCGUAUGUGCAAAGAUUUGAAACAUUUGAUUUAUUAUCGAUUCAAUACUGGGCCUGUUGGCAAAGGACCAGGUUGUGGAUUUUGGGCUCCAGGCUGGAGAGUAUGGCUUUUUUUCUUGAGAGGAAUCACUCCACUUUUAGAACGUUGGUUAGGCAACUUACUUUCACGUCAAUUUGAAGGAAGACAUUCUAAGGGUGUUGCAAAGACUGUUACAAAACAACGUGUUGAAUCACAUUUUGAUCUUGAAUUGAGAGCUGCUGUUAUGCACGAUAUUUUGGACAUGAUGCCGGAAGGAAUUAAACAAAAUAAAGCUAGAGUAAUAUUGCAACAUUUGAGUGAAGCUUGGCGUUGUUGGAAAGCAAAUAUUCCUUGGAAAGUCCCAGGCCUGCCUACUCCUGUUGAAAACAUGAUUUUACGUUAUGUUAAAGCAAAAGCAGAUUGGUGGACAAAUUCAGCACACUACAAUCGUGAGAGAGUUCGUCGUGGAGCUACUGUUGAUAAAACUGUUUGCAAAAAGAAUUUGGGACGAUUAACACGUCUUUAUUUGAAGUCUGAACAAGAACGUCAACACAAUUAUUUGAAAGACGGCCCAUAUGUUAGUGCUGAAGAAGCAGUUGCAAUUUAUACAACAACAGUUCAUUGGCUUGAAUCUCGUCGUUUUUCACCAAUUCCAUUUCCACCUUUAUCAUACAAACACGACACAAAACUUCUUAUUUUGGCAUUAGAACGUUUAAAAGAAGCAUAUUCAGUCAAAAAUCGGUUAAAUCAAAGUCAAAGAGAAGAAUUGGCAUUAAUUGAACAAGCUUAUGAUAAUCCUCACGAAGCUCUCUCAAGAAUUAAACGUCAUAUGCUAACGAUGCGUUCAUUUAAAGAAGUUGGUAUUGAAUUUAUGGAUCUCUACAGUCAUUUAAUUCCUGUCUACGAUAUUGAACCGCUUGAAAAAGUUACUGAUGCUUAUUUGGAUCAAUAUGUUUGGUAUGAAGCUGAUAAACGACGACUGUUUCCAUCAUGGGUUAAACCUGCAGAUACUGAACCUGCUCCAUUAUUAGUUUACAAAUGGUGUCAAGGAAUUAAUAAUCUUCAAGAUGUUUGGGAUACUGAUGAAGGAGAAUGUAAUGUUUUAUUAGAAGCUAGACUUGAGAAAAUGUAUGAAAAAAUGGACUUGACAUUAUUGAACAGAUUGCUCCGUUUAAUUGUUGAUCACAACAUUGCUGAUUAUAUGACAGCUAAAAACAACGUUACAGUGAAUUAUAAGGACAUGAACCAUACAAACUCUUUUGGAAUCAUUCGUGGUCUACAAUUUGCGUCAUUUAUCGUUCAAUAUUAUGGACUUGUUUUGGAUUUGCUUAUUCUUGGACUUCGUCGAGCCAGUGAAAUCGCUGGACCGCCACAAUGUCCAAAUGAAUUUUUGUCAUUCGAAGAUGUCAUUGUUCAGUCAUGUCAUCCAAUUCGUCUUUAUUGCCGUUAUAUUGACAAAGCCUGGAUCUUUUUCCGAUUUAAUGCUGACGAAACAAAAGAUUUAAUUCAACGUUACCUUUCUGAACAUCCAGAUCCAAACAAUGAAAAUAUUGUUGGAUAUAACAACAAAAAGUGCUGGCCUAGAGAUGCUCGUAUGCGUUUAAUGAAACAUGACGUUAACCUUGGUCGUGCUGUCUUUUGGGAUAUCAAGAAUCGACUUCCUCGUUCUCUUACAACUAUUGAAUGGGAAAAUUCAUUUGUUUCUGUUUACAGCAAGGAUAAUCCAAACUUGUUAUUCGAUAUGUCUGGUUUUGAAGCUAGAAUUCUUCCAAAAUGUCGAACAGCUUCUGAUGAUGUGACCGCGAAUAGAGAUGGAAUUUGGAACUUGCAAAAUGAGAUUACUAAAGAACGAACUGCCCAAGCCUUCUUAAAAGUUGAUUCAGAAUCGAUGGAAAAGUUUCAUAAUCGUGUUAGACAAAUUCUUAUGUCUUCUGGUUCAACUACGUUUACAAAAAUUGUUAACAAAUGGAACACUGCCCUUAUUGGUUUGAUGACUUAUUACCGCGAAGCUGUUGUCAACACACAAGAAUUGUUGGAUCUUUUGGUAAAAUGUGAAAACAAAAUUCAGACUCGAAUUAAAAUUGGUCUAAACUCUAAAAUGCCUGCUCGUUUUCCCCCUGUCGUUUUUUACACUCCUAAGGAAAUUGGUGGCCUUGGAAUGCUUUCAAUGGGUCACGUGUUAAUUCCUCAAUCAGAUUUGCGUUGGAUGCGUCAAACUGAUGCUGGAGGUGUUACACAUUUUAGAAGUGGAAUGACUCAUGAUGAAGAUCAAAUUAUUCCAAACUUGUAUCGCUACAUCCAGCCUUGGGAAGCAGAAUUUGUCGACUCACAACGUGUUUGGGCAGAAUACGCAUUGAAACGACAAGAAGCUAAUGCACAGAAUCGCCGUCUUACUUUGGAAGAUUUGGAUGAUAGUUGGGACAGAGGAAUUCCUCGAAUCAAUACACUCUUCCAAAAAGAUCGAAAUACACUUGCUUAUGAUAAAGGAUGGAGAGUUCGAACAGAAUUUAAGGCCUAUCAAAUUUUGAAACAAAAUCCUUUCUGGUGGACACAUCAAAGACAUGAUGGAAAACUUUGGAACCUGAACAACUACAGAACUGAUAUGAUACAAGCGUUGGGAGGUGUUGAAGGAAUUCUUGAACAUACACUAUUUCGAGGAACUUAUUUCCCUACAUGGGAAGGACUUUUCUGGGAACGUGCAUCAGGUUUCGAAGAAUCAAUGAAAUUCAAAAAAUUAACAAAUGCCCAACGCUCUGGAUUAAAUCAAAUUCCAAAUCGUCGUUUUACUCUUUGGUGGUCUCCUACAAUUAAUCGAGCAAACGUUUAUGUUGGUUUCCAAGUGCAGCUGGACUUGACAGGAAUUUUUAUGCAUGGAAAAUUGCCAACGCUUAAAAUUUCUCUUAUUCAGAUCUUUCGUGCUCACUUGUGGCAAAAAAUUCACGAGUCUGUUGUUAUGGAUUUAUGUCAAGUUUUUGAUCUUGAACUUGAUCCUUUGGAAAUUCAAACAGUUCAAAAAGAAACUAUUCACCCUCGUAAAUCGUACAAGAUGAAUAGUUCUUGUGCUGAUAUUUUACUUUUUGCACAAUAUAAAUGGCAUAUUUCUCGUCCAUCCCUUUUGGCUGAUACUAAAGAUGUAAUGGAUAAUACAACAACACAAAAGUUUUGGCUUGAUGUUCAGCUUCGUUGGGGUGAUUAUGAUUCUCACGAUAUUGAACGUUAUUCUCGUGCUAAAUUCCUUGACUAUACAACUGACAAUAUGUCUAUAUAUCCGUCGCCAAAUGGAAUUCUAAUUGCAAUUGAUUUGGCAUACAACUUGUACAGCGCUUAUGGAAAUUGGUUCCCUGGAAUGAAAGAAUUAAUUCGUCAAGCUAUGGCGAAAAUAAUUAAAGCAAAUCCAGCACUUUAUGUACUUCGUGAACGUAUACGUAAAGGUCUUCAAUUAUACUCUUCUGAACCUACAGAGCCAUAUCUUACAUCACAAAAUUAUGGAGAACUUUUUAGCAAUCAAAUUAUUUGGUUUGUUGACGAUACAAAUGUAUAUCGUGUAACUAUUCACAAGUUGGCAAAAUGGAAAACUGCUGAAGAAGUUGCUGCAUUAAUUCGUUCAUUACCAGUUGAAGAACAACCUAGACAAAUUAUUGUAACACGUAAAGCUAUGCUUGAUCCUUUGGAAGUUCACUUGCUCGAUUUUCCAAAUAUUGUUAUUAAAGGAUCAGAAUUAAUGUUACCAUUCCAAGCUAUUAUGAGAAUUGAAAAGUUUGGUGAUCUGAUUUUAAAAGCAAACGAACCUCAAAUGGUCUUAUUUAAUCUUUAUGAUGAUUGGCUUAAGACAAUUUCAAGUUACACAGCAUUUUCUCGAGUAAUAUUAAUAAUGCGUGGAAUGCAUAUAAAUCCAGACAAAACAAAAGUUAUUUUAAAACCUGAUAGAACAACAGUAACAGAAUCACAUCAUAUUUGGCCAACAUUAUCUGACGAUGAAUGGAUUAAAGUUGAAUUAGCAUUAAAAGAUAUGAUAUUAAAUGAUUAUGGAAAGAAAAAUAAUGUUAAUGUUGGUUCAUUAACACAAUCAGAAGUUCGAGAUAUUAUUCUUGGAAUGGAAAUUAGUGCACCAUCACAACAAAGACAACAAAUUGCUGAAAUUGAAAAACAAACAAAAGAACAAAGUCAAUUAACUGCUACAACAACAAAAUCUGUUAAUAAACAUGGUGAUGAAAUUAUUUCAGCAACUACAAGUAAUUAUGAAACACAGACAUUUUCUUCAAGAACUGAAUGGCGUGUUAGAGCUAUCAGCUCUACAAAUUUACAUUUACGAACUCAACAUAUUUAUGUCAACUCUGAUGAUGUUAAAGAUACUGGCUAUACAUAUAUUUUACCCAAAAAUAUUCUUAAAAAGUUUAUAACAAUUUCUGAUUUACGAACACAAAUUGCUGGUUAUAUUUAUGGAAUUUCUCCUCCAGAUAAUCCUCAUGUUAAAGAAAUUCGUUGUAUUAUAUUACCACCACAAUGGGGAACACAUCAAGUUGUACAUUUACCAAAUCAACUUCCACAACAUGAAUUUUUGAAAGAUUUGGAACCUCUUGGAUGGAUGCAUACUCAACCAAACGAAUUACCGCAAUUAUCACCACAAGAUGUUACAAUGCAUUCAAAAAUUAUUCAUCAAAAUCAAUGGGAUGGUGAAAGAAGUGUUAUUGUUACAUGCAGUUUUACACCUGGAUCAGUAUCUUUAACUGCUUAUCGUUUAACUCCGAGUGGUUAUGAAUGGGGACGUAACAAUACUGAUAAAGGGAAUAAUCCAAAAGGUUAUUUGCCUUCACAUUAUGAGAAAGUACAAAUGCUUCUGUCCGAUCGUUUUCUUGGUUAUUUUAUGGUUCCGUCAUCUGCUGUUUGGAAUUAUAAUUUUAUGGGUGUUCGACACGAUUCAAAUAUGCAAUAUGAUGUUUGUUUAGCAGCCCCAAAAGAAUUUUACCAUGAAGAUCAUCGACCUUUACAUUUUCACAAUUUCAAUGUUUUUGAAGACCCAUUGGGAGUUACAACUGCUGACAGAGAAGAUGUUUUUAUGGCGACAUAA